AUGGCCCCGGGCAAGCGCCAUUUUUCGGUGGGGGAACCCACCAAGAUUAUUGACGUUAACCUUCUCCACGGUUCGUGCUCCCACGCCAAUGAGUUUCUUUUGCUUGAGCUUGCGAAGCAGCACGGUCUCCGACUGACCGGUGUCCUGCAGCCUUGUGGUGGAUGUCUGCAGGCGAAGGGGAAGAACGCGGGCGGGCCUCACCAAUCGGGCACGGGCGCGGAGCGGCCGCAUGAUCUUUGGCAUAUCUAUCUAUAUGGGCCGAUGCCGGCCUCGCUGGGGGGGUCGUUUUUCAUGAUCAUGUUCGUGGACAGCUUCUCGCGGUGGAUGAAGCUGUAUGGGAUGAGGCGCAAGUCGGACACCCUCGCCUUCGUCAAGAAGUUCCUCGCCGACAUUAGUGGCACCGGUGUCCCUCGUUCUUUCCGGAUGGACAACGGGGGGGAGUUCGUCAGCCGCGACUUCAUCGCCUUCUGCGACAACGCCGACAUCCGCCGUACGUACACGGCGCCGGGCACCCCGCAGCAGAAUGGUCCGGCGGAGAGUGCGAUCUGGCGCGUGAACAAGGCCGGCCACGCCGCUCGUCUCGAGGCACGCCGCCUGUUCGCCAAGAUCGACUUCACGCGCGUCCCCGGCUUCGGACGCGAUGGCGAGCGACUUUGGCUAGAGUCGUGUCACUGGGCUGCCGGCGGCUUCAACCGUUCUCCGACCAAGGCAAACGUCGGGUACAAAUCGCCGCACGAGCUCUUCACCGGCCACCCGCCCCCGCUCCAGAUCGUCCCGUUCUUACAGCCGGGGUACAUUCGUGUGAUGUGGGCGCGGAAGAUGGAUCCCCAGGUAGUGCUGUGCUGCUACCUCAACAACGGCGACAACCAUCACGAGUCGGUGGUCAAGGUCCUCAAGUUUGCGACGGGGCGCGUGUGCAUGACGAACAACGUCGUGUGGGUCUCCAACCGCGCGCCGUUGCUGACCCCGCCGCUGGAGAUGCCGGCGCCGGCGGGCGAAGGGGGGGAUUCGGAUGUCGCCGCCGCACCGUUUCUAAUCAACCACACCAUCGCCACCGGUCACCGCGCCGCCUGCGACGCCACCGUACACCACCACCGCGCCACGUGCAACGCCGCUCGCCGCCGCGCCACCGUUUACCACCACCGCGCCGCUUUCAACGCCGUUCGCCGUCGUGCCACCGUACAUUUCAACGCCUCCUUUACCCCUCUCACCGUUCGCCCGAUAUCCCAAUUCACCUGCUGCCAUAUCCUCACAGGCGCCGCCGGCAACUUCCACACCACCAUCGCCGGCGGCGCCGUCUA